UGAAAUAUUGCCCCAUUGUGGGAGUCGAACAACUGGUUUGCCCAUGGUGGGUAUGGUGAGUGAGUUUUUCUAGUUCGCCUGCUGUUUUUUUCUCAAUAUUUUGUACGCUUGGCUGGCGGCGGCUGCCUUCGGGCUCACUUUUUGGGUGGAAACAAUGUGGAUGUGUGAAUGCGGAGAAUUCAGUUUUAGUACAAAUUCGGCGCAGGAACGAGCAACGCGCCCUCUUGCCAACCACAAAGUACCACGAGAUGUUCCUACCCGGCCCAAGUCCACUUCCAAUUGCGUUCAGUAAGGAAGAUCAGGUGCCGGGAGUUGCCCUGACGGAGAGUCUGGACCUGGACACGGACUCCGACCUAAGUCUGAAUCUGGAUGGGGAAAGACCGGUGCUGUUCGAGGGCUACUCGGAUGAGCUGCUGACCAUCGCCUGGGUAGCUUGCAUUGUGUUCAUCAUCGUGGGUGUGCCCGGCAAUCUGCUGACCAUCGUGGCCCUGUCUAGAGGCCGCCAGACGCGCAACUCUACGGCCAUAUUCAUCAUCAAUUUAUCCUGCUCGGAUCUACUCUUCGGCUGCUUUAAUCUUCCCCUGGCCGCAUCCACCUUCAUGAAGCGUGCCUGGACCCAUGGUGAUCUAUUGUGCAGGCUGUUCCCGAUGCUACGGUACGGCCUGCUGGCUGUAUCACUGCUCUCCGUCUCGCUGAUAACCAUUAACCGGUACAUCAUCAUCGCCCAUCCCAGGCAGUAUCCAAGGAUCUACCAGCGACGAUACUUGGCUCUAAUGGUGGCCGGCACUUGGGUUACAACAUUUUCCAUUAUGAUACCCACCUGGCGGGGUGUGUGGGGUAUCUUUGGUCUGGAUACCGAUAUUGGAUCUUGCUCCAUUUUGCACGAUCGGUAUGGCAGGUCGCCCAAGGAGUUCCUCUUCAUCGCCGCCUUCAUGGUGCCGUGCAUCUGCAUUGUUAUCUGUUAUGCCAGAAUCUUCCUGCUAGUGCGGAAGGCAGCUAUUCGAGCGGGAACAGCUGGCAAGAGCAAUGUCAGUGAUGUGACCCCCACGUCCACAACCCAGUACCAGGCACAAGCCAUGCCCAUGCAAAAGAGACCGGAGAAGGCGAGCACGUCCAGCGGCGAGCCACAGGAACCAAUACCAGGACGACCAUUUGUGGUCGAGGAGGAGCUUGCGUACAUCGAUGACAAUGCUUCGGCGGACAGUCUACCCAUCUCUUAUAGCAUCAGGAGAAGAGAUGAGGAUCAGCAGAAGCGACCAGUGGAUGCCAACGUGGUGCUCAAGGAACGGGAGAAGGAAAAGGAACGGGAUCAGGAGAAGAUCACCCUGGGACGCCGUCAAACACAAUUGGAGAUGGGCAAGACCGUUGGAAAGAACCCCAUCACCACUUCUUUGCGCACCUCGUUCACCCGCUUCAGUCCACGGAAAUCACACUAUACCUCCAUGGGCAAUACCUCGAAUGCUUCCUCCAUUUACCCGGGAAGGAUGAGUGCCAAGGACCGAAGGUUGCUUAAGAUGAUAUUGGUGAUAUUCGUAUGGUUUGUUAUCUGCUACCUGCCCAUAACAGUGGCCAAAAUAUGGAAGAGCGCCACCGAGAUGCACUUAUUUAACAUCGCCGGCUACCUGCUCAUCUACUUGACCACCUGCAUCAAUCCGCUGAUCUACGUGCUAAUGAGCUCGGAAUACCGAAGGGCCUACUGGAACCUUUUGCGCUGUCAUGGAUCUCCUGACCCCCACAAGCAGCGGAAUCAGGGCCACGCCAAUGCCAAGUGGAAGCAAAUGGAGUCCAAUCGUCAGGUGAAGGCCACAACGUGACUUAGCCAGGUGCGAGGGAUCCACCCACCUUAACAUCUACGUCAUUGCCUUCAUCGUCCUCCGUCCCAGCAGGAUAAGAUAUGUGUGCCAUUCUAUAUGAUGGGAUAAGUCAUUAUGUUUGGUCUGCGGUAAGAAACGAUCCACAUAUGUAUUAUCGAUCAGUAGAUAUACCCCCUGAUCCCUUGGUGAUUUUUUUGUAUCUCCAAACACGAUAUCUAGUCACACGAUCUGUCCAGAUCGUCCCUUCCACGCACACACGAAAACACAGAUCACCCAUCUAUAUCUAUAUAAUGUAGGAACUCCAGAAGUGUAUUGCAUUUUAUACCAAAUGACUUUAAUAUCUGGUUUACAUUUGAAUUCCAUGUUUAAGAACAAUCGAUGUUUGUUUUUGUUUGAGUUUUGUUUUUCUUUUCUUUUUUUUUUGCUUGUCGCUAAUUAUUGUACCAAUACAUAAUAGAUAUAUCCGUAUAUGGAUAUACCCUAUCUAUGCCCCCAAUAAAUGCUUCGAAUAAUUGA